AAAUGCAGGGGGGAGCAGGUCCUCCCAAGCAGAAGCUUCCCUGUCCUUUCCUGCAAGGGGCUGUUUUUUGUGGUUGUUGCCUCUGCUCUGCCUCUUCUGGGAUCUGGUGAGUCUCUUCUCUCUUCUUGCAUGGGGUGCAUUGGGGAGGGUGCAUGGGGGGCUGGGGGGCUGUUCGGCUCAUGCAGGGGGAGAUCCCCAAGUCAGGGAGCAGAGGGUCCUUCUCUUGCUAAGAGGCAAAGGGACCCCUGACCCUUAAGUCCGGUCAAAGGCAACUAUGGGGUGCAGCGCUCAUCUCGCUUUUCAGGCCAAGGGAGCAGGCGUUUGUCCACAGAGUUUCUGGGUCAUGUGGCCAGCAGGACUAAAUAAUAAUAAUCAGUGCUUUUUUCUGGGGGGACGCAGGGGGACGAAUACCCCUAGACAUUUUCUGAAUCUAAGUUUGGCCUCAUUGAGGGGCAGUAUUUCAAUAUGAGUAGGAAAAUGAGAGUACCCCUAAACAUUUUUAAAGGAAAAAAGGCAUUGAUAAUAAUACUAAUUUAUUACUUAGACCCCGCCCAUCUGGCUGGGCCUCCCCAGACACUCUGGGCGAUUCCCAACAGAAUAUUAAAAACACAAUAAAACAUCAAACAUUAAAAACUUCCCUAAACAGUCUUCUGAAAAGUCAGAUAGUUCUGUAUCUCAUUUACAUCUGGUGGGAGGGUGUUCCACAGGGCAGGCGCCACCACCGAAAAGGCCCUCUACCUGGUUCUCUGUAACCUCACUUCUCACAGGGAGGGAACCGCCAAAAGGCCCUCGGAGGAGGACCACAGUGUCCUGGCUGGACGAUGGGGGUGGAGACGCUUCUUCUGGCACAAUGGGACACCAAGAGGGAAACCAUAGUGCCCAGAAACGCUGUUUACCUUCCCGCUGCAGCAGUACCUAUUUAUCUACUUGCACUGCGUGCUUACGAACUGCUAGGUUGGCAGGAGCAGGGACCGAGCAACGGGAGCUAACCCCGUUGCAGGGAUUUGAACCGCCGACCUUCUGAUCAGCAAGCUCCAGAGGCUCAGUAAAGCCAGAGCGGGAGGCAAGUUCUCAGGAGGUCUGCAACUGUAUUAUUUACCUGGACCCAUACACUUAUUGCCACUUUAGGGAGGGGUCUCUGGAUCAGGGGGAAAAGUGAUGAGUUUAUGGAUUAUUUGAUUUCUAUACCUCUUCAUAUAUUAGAAAAAUCUCUAAGCAGUGCACAGGAAACGAAAGCAAGCACAGACUACGUAAACAAAAAUAUUGCAAAAAUACACAGUUGCAUAUAAAAAUGUUACAUUGAUACAAAGUUACUCAUAUAGAUAAAUAAUGUAAAUCAGUGAAAUUAAUAAACCCCAUUUAUUAACCAGAUGGAAACAUUGGGACAUAAAAUAUACACACACCAAAAAAAUGAAAACCUGACCUAUGCAAAAAAUGAAUAAACACUCUUAGAAUACGGAGGGCAGAGACACAUCCUCACUUAAUAGAGAACUUUUUUCUUCUGACAGUGUGCAAAUUUUAUAACAGAACAAUGUAUUUGCUUUGUAGAAUUUGCCAGCACCUCUCAUUCAGAAUUUGACAGGUGAAAAAGGGGAUCCCUAACAUUCUCUUGGAGGCUUCCUGAGAGCACAGAUGCAUGAGCAAGACUCAGCUGGCCCUGAAGCAGGAAGAGACCAUGCUAUGGAAACUGGGAGCAGUGGGGGAUUCUGGGAAAGCUCUGGGCAGAAGAUCCUGGGAGAGGAGGACACCCUUCGCUCAGAGGUGCAGAGCCGGCAGUUCAGCUGGUUCUGCUUCCAGGAGGCCAAAGGACCCCGAGAAGUUUGCAGCCAACUCUACCACCUUUGCCACCAGUGGCUGAAGCCAGAAAGGCACACGAAAGCUGAGAUGCUGGACCUGGUGAUCUUGGAGCAGUUCCUGGCUGUCCUUCCAGCGGAGAUGGAGAGCUGGGUGAGGGAAUGCGGAGCAGAGACCAGUUCCCAGGCAGUGGCCCUGGCCGAAGGUUUCCUCCUGAGUCAGGCAGAGGAGAGGAAGCAGGUGAGAGAGACUUUCCUCUGAAUGCUCCCAAGGGGCUCAAUAGAUAAGGGAGAGUAUCCCAAAUGCUCUACUAAUGGCCCAUCCUUUGUUUUGGAAAGCAUCCAAGGAGGGAUAUCAGAAACCUCUAAAGUUUUUGCCUCUUUCAUUCUUAUUCUGACCCUCUUCCCUGUUUGGAAUCCUAUUUCAGGGAAAGGUUCUGUUUGCAGAAACGGGUCCUGAUUCCUCUGAGGCAGAGAGGACUUCAUUGGACACCAGAGAGAAGCCGCUGGGUAAGGAGGAAGGAAGUUUUUCUUCUUUUGAUUCCAUACUGUUUAUUUUGAAACUAAUAUUUUGGGAGAAGCCACUUGGGGCCAAGAACCCAAAGGAGAUGAGAUAUAUUUUAGCAUAACUAAAAUAUGAAAUGGGGACAAACUCCCAAAUGCACCUCUGAGAGAAGCAUCCUGCACUCCUGUCUCCCCACUUCCCUUUGUCUCUCACAGGUGAAAGAAGGAUGCCGGCAAGACCUCCUCCUCCAUCUCUUCAUCCUGGUGGAGGGGAAGCAGCGGCUGAGGAACCGGAUCAGGUGGGGGGAAGGAGCCUUGGGGGGAAAGAGGCAGAGGGGUGGGGCAUUGGAAUGCACAAUUAAAAAAAUUCCAUUUAGACAUUAAAAUAAGCAUCCAUAGUCAAAAUGUGUAGUGAAACAAAGCCAUUAAAACAGCACAACAACAAACAGGCAGAAAACAACAGAACAAUGUGUAGUCGAUAUGCUGUCUAAGGGGACGACCUUUUUCUUCUUUCAGGGACCAGUGUGUUUUGAAGAUGUCGCUGUUUGUUUCAUGGCUGAGGAGUGGGCGUUGCUGGAUCCUGCCCAGAGAGCUCUGCAUAAGGAAGUCAUGGAGCAGAAUCAUGGGAUCUUGGCUUCUCUAGGUAAGGUUCCCUCUUGAAUCAUAAUAUUUGUUUGGAAAUUCCAUAAAUAUAUCUAUGUGUGAAGCCUCCCAGAUUUUGAUUGAGCUCAACAGCACCACCUAGAGCAUCUGUGAUUAUAACACCCUCACAGCUCACCUUGAAUGGGGGGCUAUGGAUUCUUUUGUCUGUGGUUAUUAUUUCGCCAUUGAUGCCUUUUUAAACCAUGAUCUGGCUGUUUGAACUACCAUGGACUUUUAAAAUAUAGACUUCAGAGUGGUUAGGGAAUCAUAGAAUCAUCUAGUCCCACCCCCUGCAAUGCAGGAAUCUCAUCUAAAGCAUUCAUGACAGAUGGUCUUCCAACCUCUUCUUAAAAACCUCCAAGGAAGUAAAGUUCAUAACAUUCCAAUGGAGACAGUUCCACUGCUCAACAGCUCUUACCCUCAGAAAGUUAUUUCUGGUAAUUAGUCAGACUCUACUUUCUUGUAACUUCAAGCCAUUGGUUUGGAUCCUACCCUCCAGAGCAGGAGAAAACAAGCUUGUUCCUUCUUCCAUGUGGCAGCCCUUGAGAUAUCUGAAGAUGGCUCUCAUAUCUCCUCUCAGUCUCCUGUUUUGCAGGCUAAACAUACCCAGCUCCUUCAACCGUUCCCCAUAAGGCUUGGUUUCCAGACCCUUGAUCAUCUUGGCUGCCCUCCUCUGCACACCUUCCAGCUGGUCAGCAUCCUUCUAAAAUUGUGGUGCCCAGAACUGGAAACACUAUUACAGAUGUGGUCUGACCAAGCCGGAAUAGAGUGGGACUAUUGCUACCCUUUAUCUGGACACUAGACUUCUGUUGAUGCUGCCUAGAAGAUCAUUCGCCUUUUUUGCUGCUGCAUCACACUAUUGUCUUAUAUUAAGCCUGUGGUCAGCUAAGACCUCUAGAUACUUUCCACAUGUACUACCAUAAGGCCAGGUGUCCCCCAUCCUGUAUUUGUGCAUCUUGUUCUUCCUGCCUAAGUGAAGAACCUGACAUUUGUCUCUGUUGAAAUUCAUUUUGUUAGCUGGGGCCUAGUUCUUCAAUCUGUUAAGGUCAUUUUGAUUUCUGGUUCUUUCUUCUGUGACAUUAACUACCCUUCCCAGUUUGGUGUCAUCUGCAAAUUUGAUUUGCAUCCCCUAAAUUCCUCUAUCCAUGUCAUUUAUAAAGCCAUUGUACAACAACAGAUUCUGACAAUUUUUUUGUUUUUGCUUUUGCUUUUGCUCUGGUCUGUUUUUUGUUGACCAAAGAGAUGACAGACUAGAGAUGGCCCAGAUUCCAUGAUUGAGUCAAACAAAAUCUGUCCCAGAAAAGAACCAGUCUUGUCAAAUCUUAAGUUUCCAUAAAUAUGUCCCUGAAUGCCAGUCAACAAAGGCAGUUAACCGUGAAGUACGUUCUCCCAUCUAACUCCCUUCAGUUCCUCCUCUCUCAAAAGCGUUAAUGAGCUUUGUUCAAUAACAGGGGGCUCCAUUUUUUUCUGAGGCUUUAAUCCAUUUCUCUCUUCAUUGCAGUUCGAGAUGGAUUGGAAAUUAAGAACAAGGGAGACCACGACAAAAUCCACACGGAGAAGCCAUAUCAAUAUUCGGAGUCUGGAAAGAACUUUAGCCAGAGCUCCCAUUCAGUUUCCCAUGAAAGAAGUCCCGUUGGGAACGAACCCUGUCAGUGCUUGGAGUCUGUUAAGGGCUCUCAUAUAAGCACAAGCGUCUGUCGACAUCAGAGAAUUCACAGUGGGGAGAAACCAUAUCAGUGCUUGGAAUGUGGGAAGAGCUUCGUCUGGAAGAUAAGUUUGACUUCCCAUCAAAGAAUUCAUAGAGGGGAGAAACCAUAUCUGUGCUUGGAAUGUGGGAAGAGGUUCAACCAGAGAGCCCAUCUCACUUCCCAUCAAAAAAUUCAUACAGGGGAGAAACCGUAUGAGUGCCUAGAAUGUGGGAAGAGGUUCAGCCAGAGGACCCACCUCAGUUCCCAUCGAAGAAUCCAUACAGGAGAGAAACCAUACCAGUGCUUGGAAUGUGGAAAGGGCUUCAGUCAAAGGGCCCACCUCACUAUCCAUGAAAGAAUUCAUACAGGGGAGAAACCAUAUCAGUGUACGGAAUGUGGGAAGAGCUUCCGUAAGAGUUCCGUUCUCACUAACCAUCAAAGACUCCAUACGGGGGAGAAACCAUAUCAUUGUUUGGAAUGUGGGAAGAGGUUCAAUGAGAAAACGAAUCUAAUUUCCCAUGAAAGAAUCCAUACAGGGGAGAAACCGUAUCAGUGUGUGGAAUGUGGGAAGAGCUUCCGUAAGAGUACUUUUCUCACUUCCCAUCAAAGAAUCCAUACGGGGGAGAAACCAUAUCAGUGUCUGGAGUGCGGGAAGAAGUUCAGUCAGAAGGCCCACCUCACUUCACAUCGGAGAACUCAUGCAGGUGAGAAACCAUAUCAGUGCUUGGAAUAUGGAAAGAACUUCAGUCAUAGCAUCUCUCUCACUUCCCACAAAGAAUUCACAAGGGAGAAACUCUAACUGUCCUUGGAAUGUGGAAAUACCUUUGAAGGAUCAAGCUCACUCCCCAUCAAAGAAGUCACAGCGGGGAGAAUCAUAGGAUCAUGGAGUCAUAGAGUUGGAAGGGAUUCUGAUGGUUAUCUAGCUGAACCCUGUGCAAAGCAGGAAUCUCAGCUAAAGCAUCCAUGACAGAGGACCAUCCAACCUCUGCUUAAAAACUUUCCACUUUCCACCACCUUCUGAUGGCAUCUGUUCCUCAGUCAGAUAGAUCUUACCUUCAGAAGUUCUGCCUGAUGUUUAGUCAGAAUCUCCUUUCUUGUAACUUGGAGCCGUUGGUUGAAGUUCUAUCCUGUGGAGAAGGAGAAAUCACAUCUUCCAUGUGACAUCCCUUUAGAUAUUUGAAGAUGCCUAUCAUAUCUCCAUGCACUCUUCUCUGUGAUAAUCACCCCCAGCUCCCUCAAGCAUUCCUCAUAAGUCUCAGUAUUCAAGACCUCCCUUUUUGUGAUAUUAUUUUAUUUUCCUUAUAGAAAGUUACAUUUGUUAAUCAACAAUUAUAUUCCAAUUCAAUAAAACUAGCAACUUCCCGCUUAAUAAUAAUAAUAAUAAUAAUAAUAAUAAUUUAUUAUUUAUACCCCACCCAUCUCGCUGGGUUUUCCCAGCCACUCUGGGUGGCUUCCAACAAAAUAUUAAAAUACAGUAGUCGGUCAAACAUUAAAAGCUUUCCUAAACAGGGCUGCCUUCAGAUAUCUUCUAAAAGUCUGGUGGUUGUUUUUCUCUUUGACAUCUGGUGGGAGGGUGUUCCACAGGGCGGGCGCCACUACCGAGAAGGCCCUCUGCCUGGUUCCCUGUAACUUGGCUUCUCGCAGCCAGGGAACCGCCAGAAGGCCCUUGGAGCUGGACCUUCCAUGUCUGGGCUGAACGAUGGGGGUGGAGACGCUCCUUCAGGUAUACUGGACCGAGGCCAUUUAGGGCUUUAAAGGUCAGCACCAACACUUUGAAUUGUGCUUGAAAAUGUACUGGGAGCCAGUGUAGGUCUUUCAGGACCGGUGUUAUGUGGUCUUGGCGGCCGCUCCCAGUCACCCGUCUAGCUGCCGCAUUCUGGGUUAGUUGUAGUUUUUGGGUCACCUUCUAAGAUAGCCCUGCUUAAGGGAAGUGUUCAUGCUGCUUCCCUUGUGAUUUAAGAUUCAGGUUUCAGCCCUUGAGAUCUCUCAGGUAUCAUAUCUCCUCUUAGGCUUCUGUUUUCCAGGCUAAACAUACCCAGAACACACCCAAGGCAGAACUGAGUGGUGCUAUGACUUCCAUUGCUCUGCACACCAGACUUCUGUUGAUUCAGCCUAGAACAGCAUUAGCUUUCCCCCCCUGCAGCAUCACAUUGUUGAUUCCUAUUCAGCUUUUCUUCCAUUAAGACCCCUAGAUCCUUUUCACAUGUCCUUACGGCAAGCCAGGCGUCCCCCAUCCUAUAUUUGUGCAGCUGAUUGUUCCUGCCUAAGCGCAGAACCUGACAUUUGCCCUUAUUGAAAUUCAUUUAUUGCCUUCAUAUAUCACCUUCAAGGAGCUCGAGGUGGUGCCACAUAGUUCUCCCCCUCCUUUUGUAAUCCUGACAAUAACCCUGUGAGGUAGGUUAGGCUAUGAAGCAGUAUCUGGCCCCCCAGUGUGGGAAUUUGAACCCAGGUCAUCGUCCAGCCCUCCUUCCAGUAUACUACACUGACUCUCUAAUGAGUCUCUUAGAAAUUGUGCAUGCAUGGGUGUCUGCUUAAAGUUCAGUUGUGGUGUUCUGGUGUUUGUACGCAUGUGUAACAAAGUAAUUAAUAUAAUAAGAACAGUAUAAUAGUAGAUUUAAGGUAAUGAUAGCUAGUGAGGGGUAAAGUGUGAGUUUGGGAUGUUGGGGGGUGAGAGGUGAUUGGCUAAGAGUUUGAAAAGGAUUUUGAAUAAAACAUACAAUCAGGCCUGUGGCUUUGCAUAUCGUCUUAAAUGUGUUUGUGGGAGGGCGGUGAUUGGUUUGUUUCGUUGUAUGAAGGCAGUAUACAAAUUGAAUGAAUUAAAUACAAAAAGUAGUCAUAAGCAAUAAAUAAAACAUUUAAAAAUGCAAAACCAAACCGAACAAUUUCCACAUAAAUCGCAAGAGCUAAAAAAAGCAAAAUAGCCACACAGGUACAACUCCCUAUGAAACAUUUGAAACCAUGUGCUUAUGUAUACAAAGUUAUCUUAAAAACCUAAUUAUUAAAUAAAUCAGCUGUGUUCCAACACACACUUCAUUCUUCACUCCUUUAGGGUGAAGUGUUCAGGGAAGAGUUCUCUGGGGUGUCACUGGGAAUAAAGGGGGUGUUUGGUGGAAGACCCAGUCAAGACCCAGCUCCCAGCUGUGCCCCUUGAAUGCAGUGGGGAGGGGGCGCAGGAGGGGGGGCGCUGCCAGAGCCCCUCUGAGCCAAGGCGGUGGCAGCGCAACACAGGGAGACAAACGAGACCUCUGCAGAAGUAGAGCUCAUCUAGAGCUCUUCAUAAAAGCAAACCUAGCUAUACAGCAAUGUACCAACCAAGCACAAACACAGAUAUGUGGACCCCAUGCCUGGAGCAGCACAGGAAGACCCUGCUGAAACCAUGUUGACUCCCAAACUGACCAAAUGUUUCCUGGGCAAGGAGGGAGGGGGCGAGGGAACCUUCCCAUUGUCUCAGGAAUUGGGAAAUCACCAUCUCAAAGGAAUGGCCAGACUACCAGGAAAGGCAAUCAGAUAAGGCAUCAUCAGAUAACCUGGCAGACAGGAAAAACAACAACAUUCAAAUAUCUGUUGCAGAUCGCCUUUUCUGUGAUGUAGGCAUGAUGUUUGUGGGGGGUGAUCUUGGCUUACACCCCUUCUGUGAUGUAUGUAUGAUGUAUGGAGGGGCGGUCUUGAGCUCCAGGGCAGGGAAUUUAAAAUGUCUGUAUAAGGGCAGGCACGCCUUGGUUCGGGGUCCUCCUCAGGGGCGAGCACCCUGUUGCAGCAGAUCAAUAAAGAUCAGGCUUACUAGCUGCCUUGCUUCUCAAUAUUCUCUGGUUGGCCUCUGUUCUUUUCUCCGACCGAUAGAGAACCUGCAAAUGACUCUCUAAGGGCUCUUGUGUCCCCCAUAAGGGAAGAAGGGCAGAUUUUUGUCUAUUACAGUGCAGUGUUCCCUCAGCCUGCUCUCCUCUCCCUCCUCCUUGGGAGUCCUCUGGACAGCCGCUGCUGCUGCCCUGGUCUCUGAGCUGCCCCACAGAGAGGUGUCUCCUCACGCUGCCCCACAGGGGCCUGGGACUUGUCUGUCCAUUCCUACCAGCAAGGGCUGGCAGAUGGGCUGGCUGGGCUCCCUCGCCCGCUUGCUUGCUUCCUCCGAACCCACUUCAGCUGCUGCUAACCAGCACCCCCUGGCCUGCCCCAGAGGCACCAUUUGUCAGGGGAGCUGGUGACCAAGGCUGCUGCAACAAACAGCUGGGCCAGCCUUUGGGAGGCAGAGACAUAGUAAUAAUAAUAAUAAUAAUAAUAAUAAUAAUAAUAAUUUUUAUUUAUACCCCGCCCUCCCCAGCCAAGGCCGGGCUCAGGGCGGCUAACAAGCAAUAAUAAAAACAAGUUGAAUGAUUACAACUUAAAAAACAAGAUUAAAAUACAACAUUAAAAUAUUGAAACAUUAAAAUAUUAAAAUGUAGCCUCAUCGCAGGAGGAGAAAGGAAAAAAAAAAAGAAAGAGAGGGAGGGAAUCAAAUUGGCUCCAAGCCAAAGGCCAGGCGGAACAACUCUGUCUUACAGGCCCUGCGGAAAGAAAUCAGAUCCUGCAGGGCCCUGGUCUCAUGAGGCAGAGCGUUCCACCAGGCCGGGGCCAGAGUUGAAAAGGCCCUGGCUCUGGUUGAAGCCAAUCUAACUUCCUUAGGGCCCGGGACCACUAGGGUGUUGCUAUUUAUGGACCUUGAGGCUCUCCGUGGGGCAGACCAGGAGGGGUGGUCCCGUAGGUAUGAGGGUCCUAGGCCGUGAGGGCAUCAGAGGAGGGAGUGAACAAAAGAAGGCCAGAGUUGCCUGCAGCACCCCUGAGCAUCACUCAAGGCACCCCAGGGUGCCACAGCACGCUGAUUGAAAACCACUGCGUUAAGUAAUAUGUUUGAAUGUUGAAGGUGUGUGUCUAGAGACAAUGGAUAAGACAAACACCGUUCCAUGUCCUGCUGGACAAGUGUCCGAGUCCAGAGUCCCUCAGCAUGCACCUAGUCAUCUCCACAAGAGACUGAAACUUUCCCUCCAUGACUGAGUUUUGUUGCAUGGUGUGGCUCACACACCUCCCCUUCCUCUUCCAGGAGGGUUCUCAUGUGGCUUGAGGUAAACUUACCUCAUUGUCGCUGACCAGAGUUGUGAGUUUCCUCUGAAACUUGCUGCUCACUGUGGCCAGGUAUUUUCUGAACAUCUCCACUGCUUCACUUUUCUCUUUUAGAAGUACCUUGAGAAAACACCCAGAAAAAUUAGAAUAUACUUCACACACAUCUGCAUACACUACACUCUGGUGCUUUUCUGUUAUACAGUGGUACCUUGGGUUACAAACGCUUCAGGUUACAUACGCUUCAGGUUACAGACUCCACUAACCCAGAAAUAUUACCUUGGGUUAAGAAUUGUCGGCUAUGAUCGUUUUGAAUUCUGAUUCUGUUUUCUAUGGCAUGAGCUGUCCCUCCCAGUUUGGUGUCAUCUGCAGAUUUGUUGAGCAUCCCCUAAAUUCCUUCAUCCACCUCAUUUAUAAAGACUUUGAACAACAUCGGGCCCAGGACAGAACCCUGCGGCACCCCACUUGUCACUUUUUCUAGGAUGACAAGGACCCAUUAUGCAAAACUCUUAACUUCACAUACUCACUCCUGGAAUCUGGACAGGUAGAGAUGGACCAGGAGUGAGACCUUGGGGGUUGGAGCAGGCAGCUCCUCAGUGAAGAUGUAGAUGCAGUGUGUGGUGACUGUGAAAAAAGACAAACUUCACACCAGGGAUCGCUAGGAAAGGAGUGGAAAAUAAAACUGCACUUCCUAUGAUGCCUUCACAGGAAUCUAUGGUGUGACUGCAUUUGGGGCACAAUCUCCAGUCCAGGAAACAGUUUCAGCAAAGGGCCGCCGAAAUGACCAAGGGGGGUGGCCGACUUUCCUAUGGGGAUGUCUAGUUUAGAGGAACUGGACAGAAGUCUGCCUGGCCUGGAGAAAGCGCAGAGAGAGAGAGAGAGAGAGAGAGAGAGAGAGAGCGGGGCUGCGCUGGCUUGCAAAGGGUUAAAAGGCACGAAGCUGGAUUCCUAGAGAGGAGAUCCAGGCCGGGGGGGGGGGCUCCUGAUCCGAAGCCCCUCCCGGCCCAGUGUCUCCUCCGCACGUGCAUCGGUGGUCUCUUGGGAAUCCGGUGGGUCUCUGCUCUUCUUGCCUAGGGUGCAAUGGGGCGAAGGGGGCAGGGGGGUGCAGGGAGGGCCUUCUCAGCCCAUGCACGGGGGGGGGGGCAGGGAGCAGAGGGUCCUGCACCUUCCUUCUCUCCUGGGGGGCUCCUUCUGCAAGAGGGGGGGCAGCUGUCUCUCUGCCCCUCCUGGCCUCGGGUGAGUCUCUCCUCUCUUCUUGCAAAGGGUGCAAUGGGGAGAAGGGGGCAGGGGGAGGGCUGCUCAGCUCAAGCAGCAGGGGGACCCCCAAGUCCGGGGGGGGGGGGCAAGGAGGGGCGCCUGCAGCUCUUCUUCCUCGGCCCUUUGGCGGGGGGGGGGCUGCAAAGAAACCCAGUUCAAAGCACUGAUCAUCUGCAGGGGUUGUCGCCCAGCAGAAACAUUAAAAUGUACGCAAAAAAUAAAAAGCAAAACCUGACCUAUGCAAGAAAGAAAGAAAGUCUGUUGGAAGAGGGGAGGGGGCAAAGAAAAGAAAGCGCUUCUUGGUGCGGGGCAGAGUCGAGCCUGCGGAACUCCCUGCCACUUGAGGCCAGGCUGGGAGCAGGGCGGGGAGGAGGAGGAGGAGGGGCUCUGCUUGGCUUCUGGUCUCCCCAGAGAUGCUGCUGAAUCCCAGCUGCUGGAAGGAGCGCAGGGGAGAGAGGGGCUCUUGCGCCCCAUCCUGCUGGGGGGCUUCCCAUUCAGGCCCCAGUGGGAACGGGAGGGGGGAGUCCGGAGGGGCCCAAGGGCCUGAUCCUGCAGGGCUCCUCUCCUACUCCGAUGCUGAGCUCCUCAGUUGGAGUGAAGCUUCCCUACCACCACUUGUGAAUCAGACAAGGGAGUUAUCGGGACUCCAGGCUGACACUCAUGUGCCCAUUCAGACAUGCAGCCGCUCAGGUGUUCAGGGGAUCUUUAGGACUGAACAGAAAGCCCUGCUGAGAAGCCCUGGAGGUCUCCCCAGCCAAGGAAACUGAGGCAGGAGAGGCCCUGCUGGAAAGAGGAGCAGGAUCCCUUGGGAAGACUCUCUCAGGGAUGCUGGAGUUGAGAUUCCUGCAUCGCAGCGGGUUGGGCUGGAUGACCCUCAGGAGCCCCUUCCAAACCUACAGUUCUCUGACCCCAGAGCCAUUGGAGGAUGGAAGUUUUUAAAUGUUUAUUUAUAUGUUGGAAGCCUCCCAGAGUGGCUGGGGGAACCCAGUCAAAUGGGUGGGGUAUAAAUAGUAGAAUAAUAAUCAUAAUAAUCAUAAUCAUAAUCAUAAUGGAAUAGGAGGGUCCUAUAUUCAUUAGGACCUCAGCGCCUAGGACUUGCCGAUUGCAUGGCCGGCGGUUCGAAUCCCCGCGGUGGGGUGCGCUCCCGCCAUUCGGUCCCAGCGCCUGCCAACCUAGCAGUUCGAAAGCACCCUCGGGUGCAAGUAGAUAAAUAGGGACCGCUUACCGGCGGGAAGGUAAAUGGCAUUCCGUGUGCUGCGCUGGCUCGCCAGAGCAGCUUCGUCACGCUGGCCACGUGACCCGGAAGUGUCUCCGGACAGCGCUGGCUCCCGGCCUCUAGAGUGAGAUGAGCGCACAACCCUAGAGUCUGGCAAGACUGGCCCCUACGGGCAGGGGUACCUUUACCUUUUUAUAUUCAUUAGAGAAAUGUUGGAGGGUAUGCAGUCAAUCUUCUUUUGAAAGAUCUGGACUUUGAACAAUCUUUUCGUGUAAUUAAAAGUAAUCCUGCCUUUGCUCUGCUAAAUAGUGUAUUUUUUGCUCUACAAGACUCACUUUUUGCCUCCUAAAAAGUAAGGGGAAAUGUGUGUGCGUCUUAUGGAGCGAAUGCAGGCUGCACAGCUAUCCCAGAAGCCAGAACAGCAAGAGGGAUUGCUUCUGAGAUUCAGAAUAUUUUUUUUCUUGUUUUCCUCCUCCAAAAACUGGGUGCAUCUUGUGGUCUGGUGUGUCUUAUAGAGCAAAAAAUAUGGUACUUUGCAGCAUGGAAAUGGUGACGGUGAUGAUAAUUCUUCAAUAAUAAUAAUAAUAAUUCCACUGCAUCGUUUUUUCUUUUUUAAUAUUUUCUUUUAAAGAUUUUUUGUUUGCAUUCAUACCAAUAUAACAAAACAAUAUAUUUUGGAGGUUCUUGACCCCUGGACUUCCCCCCACCCCCUCUACAUUAUUUUCUCUGUGCUCAGCUGAGGUGCCUGUGGCUCAGCUAUUCAUGCCUGUUGCUUGGGAAUUUUAGGCCUACUCCUGGUUCCUGCAUUUAAUAAUAAUAAUAAUAAUAAUAUUUAUACCCCACCUGUCUGAGUAGGUUUCCCCAGCCACUCUGGGCGACUUAUUCUGCUGGGCUAAGUCAUUACCUAAAAGUAUUUGCACAUCUCUCUCUUCCCAGACUCCUCUUGAGGGGUUGUUGGUUUUUGUUGUUUUUAUUGUAUAUUUUGUGUUUUUAAUAUUGUGAUUUUAUGUUGUGAGCACCCUGAGACCUGUGGGUAUAGGAUGGUAUACAAAUUAAACAAAUUAAUUUGAUAAAUUUGAUCAGCAAAGUGUUGAAUUGAGCCUCAUCAUAAUCCUACAUAUUUUUAUGUGUUUGUAAGUUGUCCCUGCAGCUAUGAAUGAAAACAAAUAAAGGCACUAGAGGACUAAUCUGCAUGGUAUUAUUAUUAUUUUAAAAUCCAAAGUUCACAAGCUAAGAAACUGGUUUCUCUGGUGGCAGAUAAAAAAAUUAAGUAUAACUUGUCUUUGCAUCCUUGAUGGAACUGUCUUAAACAAAAUCUGCGCCGACGUUUUAAAAAACUGCACCAGAGUUUCUGAGCUCCUCUCAGCAGCUUCCAAAUGCAAGAAUUAUCAGAUUUAAGGCAUUUGUAUUCACGUCUGUGAAUGUGGGUUCAGGCUGACACAAGUGGGAAUAGUUCCUGGCAUUUCAUAAAAUGAAAUUCAAUUAAAUGAAUAAAAUAAUAAUAGUUCCUGCCUCCUUCGCCUCAGCCUCCAGGCCACCAUUUCCCUGCCAGAUUCUGGCCUCUCUUUGCACCAUCUUGGCCUGGAUUCAAGUCCCCUCAGAUCCCUCAAUCCCCUCAGCCCCUCCUUGGCUGCCAUUAUUAUUAUUAAUAUUAUUAAUUGCAUUUAUAGUCCUCCCCAUAACUCUCUCCCCGGCCAGCUCUGCUCCGCUUGACCAGCGUCUCUGGGCUGAACUGAUUAUUUCCGUUUUCUCCCCUUUGGGGCAACAGAGUCCUUUCCAAACCAAGCAGAAAGGCUCCUUCUUCCCUCCAUUUUCCCGCCUGGUCUCUGGGAAUUUCCCCUUUUUCCCCCUGAGGGAAUUCAUUUCUCCCUUCUCUGCCCUCAGCUGCAUCUCCUGUGCCUGAGGGACAUUUCUUUUUGGGCCUCUUUUCUAGGUCUCACUUUCUGCAUCUUCCGCCUGAGUUUUGGCUCACAAUAUUUGACGUUUUCUCUUCAGCGCAGCCUCUUUUUCCUUGUCCGCCUUUUUCCCGCCAACUGAAUCUGUUUUCUUCAAAGCCUGAGCUUCUCUGUCAGGUUUGGGUUUCCUCCAUUUUGUCUCCUGACUGAAAUUCCCUCAGAGGUUUUUCCUCCGUUUCUGCUUCUGCCUGACUCGCUCUUCCCUUCAGGAGUCCUGGGUCACGGUGGGGCCUUCUCCUCACAGAACUCUCUUUCCCUCACAAAAUAGACAACUUUCUGCAGGAAUUCAUUCUCCUCCUGAGUUAUACUUCCUGUCAUGACUCUUCCACCAUUUGAGGCAAACCCUCCAACUCUCUAGGACUCCUAGAGAUAUAUAUAUAUUUAACCACCACAGGUUCUCUCUUGGAUUUUGUGUGAGGGAAACCUUAGAUGCUUGGAGACUCAGGGAGACGUUGAACGGAUAAGAAAGGUUUUAUUUACAAAACCAAGUUGGUAAAACAAAGAAGGGUCAGGAGUUGUGUCCUUUCAGGAAACAGUGAACUUAUGAAUGACACUAAACCUAAAGAGCUUUCAGGCCUUAAAACAAAGAAGUAAACGCCCAGCUUCUCUUCAACUUCUCUGGCUAAAAAUCAAAGGUAGAUGUUCCACUUUCUAGAAGAGGAGGUGAAAUGCUUCACUCGGUUCCUCUUUCCUCCCUCUCAUUCCUUUACUCAGUUCUGAGUUCAAUCCUUUGGACGCAGCCCAGCUUCCUUCUCUGCUUAAAACUGGGGCUCCCUUUCCGUCACUUCCCCUCUCUCUUGGCAAUCCCACUCCUCAGGGGUUUCCAAAUAGCAACGCAUAUCUGGCUCUGCGGGGGUUAAGCGGUGUAACACUAUUAUUAUUAUUAAUAUUAUUAAUUUAUAACCCACACUUCCCCUUAAGUUCCCAGGGAAGAGGACACCAUUAAAACCAUUUAAAACAAGUUGCAGUGACAGAAAGAAACUGAGUUGUGCUUUACUUGCUUUUUAGCACUUUCCUACCCACAUGAACCUUAGUCUCAUGCAUGUGGCCCUCUGGGGCUUGGCCAGAUCAGGAUUUGGCCCUCAGAACAAGAAAAAGGGAUCCCACCCCAGGAGUCUGUCUGGAGAUGUUGGAGAUGCAAAGUGCUAGAAGCAGAAAUGUGUCCUGAAGGGGCUGGGAGGGAGAGCAACUCUUGAGGAGCCCAGGAUGAGGACCCUCAAGAGAGACUAGUGUCCACACUUGGAACAAAUGAUUCACUUCUCCAUCACUGUUCUGCUUCUAUCCCUGGGCUGAAAACACCGAGAGGCAGGAGCCUCCAGGCUCCUUCGUCGGACAGAAAUCUCUUCCGUUGCCUCCACUUUUGGCCUGGUCACUUUCCUUCCAGGAGAGCAAGAGGAUUUCUUCUUCUUCAUUCUUCUUCCUUUCCUUCUUAAAUAAAGCUCAGAGUCUGGCCUGUGAUGUAGUCAUACUCUGGUUCCUAGCAAGACUCAUCCACACUUGCUCAGAGAACCUUUCUAUUCUCCUGACAGCGGGUCAAUUUUAUAACAGAACAAUAUAUUUCCUUUGUAGAAUUUGCCAGCACCUCUAAUUCAGACAGUCAGAACUUGACCAAAGAAAUAAUGGAUUCCUUCCUAAAGAUGCAUGAGCAAGACUCAGCUGACCCUGGAGCAGGAAGAGGCCAUGCUAUGGAAACUGGGAGCAGUGGGAGAUUCUGGGAAGGCUCUGUGCAGAAGAUCCUGGGAGAGGAGGACACCCUUCGCUCAGAGGUGCAGAGCCAGCAGUUCAGGCAGUUCUGCUCCCAGGAGGCCAAAGGACCCCGUGAGGUUUGCAGCCGACUCCACCACCUUUGCCACCAGUGGCUGAAGCCAGAAAGGCACACGAAAGCUGAGAUGCUGGACCUGGUGAUCUUGGAGCAGUUCCUGGCUGUCCUUCCAGCGGAGAUGGAGAGCUGGGUGAGGGAAUGCAGAGCAGAGACCAGUUCCCAGGCGGUGGCCCUGGCCGAAGGUUUCCUCCUGAGUCAGGCAGAGGAGAGGAAGCAGGAGGAGAAGAAGCAGGUGAGAGAGACUUUCCUCUGGAUGCUCCCAAGGGGCUCCAAACAGGAGGGAGAAGAUCCCUAAAUCCCAUCCUUUUUUUUGUCCCAGCCAUUCCUUUUCAAACCCAUCUCCACAUUCUCUAAUUGCUCAUCCUUUUCCCUUUUUUAAACAUUCUCUACAUUCUCUAUUACAAAUUCUUGUUGCUCUUUCAGGAAAAGGAUCUGUUGGCAGAAACGUGUCCUGAUUCCUCUGAGGCAGAGUGGACUUUGUUGGACACCAGAGAGAGGCCGCUGGGUAAGGAGGAAGUUUUUCUUCUUUUGAUUCCAUUCUGUUGAUUCUGAAACUAAUCUUUUGGGAGAAGCCACUUGGGGCCAAGAACCCAAAGGAGAUGAGAUAUAUUUGAACAUAACUAAAAUAUGAAAUGGGGACAAACUCCCAAAUGCACCUCUGAGAGAAGCACCAUGCACUAUUGGCUCCCCACUUCCCUUUGUCUCUCACAGGGGAAAGAAGGAUGCCGGCAAGAUCUCCUCCUCCAUCUCUUCAUCCUGGUGGAGGGGAAGCAGCGGCUGAGGAACCGGAUCAGGUAGGAAGAAGGAGUCUUGGGGGGAAAGAGGCUGAGGGUGAGGGACAGAGGGCAUUUCUGAGACAGAACAAAUCUCUCCCCUCCGCAUUGCUUCUGUCAAAGCUGCCCUUAACAAAGGCUGAAAAGGCCAUUAAUGAAGGGUUAUGCUCUGAGGAUAAUGAGUUGCCAAUUCACCUUAACUCUGAAUGUCGCUAGUAUUAUUUCUUACAAAUUGUCUUUAGGACAUCUGGAUAGUCUUUUCAUUCCAGAACAAAACUUAGGGAGAGGAGAGAGGGAUUCUUCCAUUUGGCAAACUGGAACCCUUGCACAGAGACAAUGAUCUGAAUAAAACAACAUGGAGUUCAUUAAAAUAAGCACCAAUAAUCCAAAUGUGCAGCAGACCAAUCCUAUUAGAACAACCCAGGCAGGAAGCAAAAGAGCAACGUGCAGGAAAUGAUUUUUAUGCUGCCUAAGAGAAGGAUCUUUUUCUUUCAGAGCUCAGUUUCUUUUGAAGAUGUCGCUGUUCAUUUCACGGCUGAGGAGUGGGCGUUGCUGGAUCCUGCCCAGAGAGCUCUGCAUAAGGAAGUCAUGGAGGAGACUUGUAGGACCAUGAUCUCUCUGGGUAAAGUUCCCUCUUGGGUCAUAAUCUCUGUUUUGGAAUUCAGGAGAUAUUUCUCUGGGACAAUCCUCCCAUAUUUGGAUGGAUCCCAACGUUGCCACCUAGAGCACCUGGGAUUCUCACCCCCACAGCUCACCCUGCAUGGAGGGCUGGGGACUGUUUUUUCUGUGGAUAUUGUUCCUCUGCUUCUCUCUUUUUGCACAAGGAUCAGGAUGUGGAUAGGCUUUCUGAUUGUUUUGAAACAAUCAGUUGUUCCAUAUCCAGUUCUAACUGUAGCUUCUGGCUUAGGAACAGCUUUCUUUCUUUCUUUCUUUCUUUCUUUCUUUCUUUCUUUCUUUCUUUCUUUCUUCCCUUCAUACAGUUGUAAAGCUAUGGACUUUUCUUCAUCUACUGCUGACUCAGGUUUUUCCCCAACAGAUUCUGCCCAUUCUCUCAUCUGCAGUCUCUCAAACCUCUCCAACCAUUCUGCACAUUUCGUCUCUUAGCUGUUGGUUAUGACAUAUCAAAAAUCAAAAGGCAUUCAUUGUUAUUUUUGCUAUGAUUUACUAAUUAUGAUCUAUUAGUUCUCCUCCCUUGACUGUCUCUGCUUCUCUGCACUUAUAAAUAGUUACCGUCGGUUUUCAGUCCGUUUCACAUAGAAAAAACAAACAGAACGGAGAUUUACAAACAGUGUAGCUUUGAAGCUAAAGGCAAAGUUUCAGAACUAUAUAUUCAUUUUAAUCUUUUGAAAUCAGCAGUACUUAGUUUUGAGCUUUUUUGAGAUAUUUUCCAGACCCAUUUAGAAUUCUGUCAUUACCCAGUAGUUUAAUUCUCCCCUGCACGCUAGGUAAUUGGUAGACAGAGAAUCCAAUUCAUAUUCAAAAAGACUUCUGACCUUGCAGAUGGAGUUGGUUUGAUGAUUGAGUCAAAGAAAUUUCAUCCCAAACAAGAACAAGCUUUUUGAAUCUGAAUUUCCCAUAAAUAUUUCUUUCUUAGGCUCUGAUUUGUUCCUCUCUUCAUUGCAGUUGAUGAUGAAUCAGAAAUUAAGAACAAGGGACAACACAACAAAAUCCACACAGUGGAGAAGCCAUAUCAAGAUUUGGAGUGUGGGGAGAACUUCAGUCAGAGCUCCCAUGCCACUUCCCAUCAAAGAAAUCCUAUUGGGAAGAAACCCUAUCCGUGUUUGGAAUGUGGAAAAAGCUUCAGUGACAGCAGCAAUCUCGCUUCCCAUCAAAGAAUUCAUACAGGGGAGAAACCAUUUCAGUGCUUGGAAUGUGGAAAGAGCUUCAAUCACAGCUCACAUCUCAAAGCCCAUAAAAGAAUUCAUACGGGGGAGAAGCCAUAUCAGUGCUUAGAAUGUGGGAAGAGCUUCAGUCAGAGCAGCCCUCUCACUUCUCAUUUAAGAAUUCAUACAGGGGAGAAACCAUAUCAAUGUUUGGAGUGUGGAAAGAGCUUCAGUCGGAAGAAUAGUCUUACUUCCCAUCAAAGAAUUCAUACAGGAGAGAAACCAUAUCAGUGCUUGGAAUGUGAGAAGUGCUUUACUACGAGAAGUGACUUUCAUCAACAUAAGAGAAUUCACAGUGGGGAGAAACCAUAUCAGUGCUUGGAAUGUGGGAAGAGCUUCAGUCAGAGGGCCAAUCUUAAGUCCCAUCAAAGAAUUCAUACAGGGGAGAAGCCAUAUCAUUGUUUGGAAUGUGGGAAGAGCUUCAGUCGCAGCUCUUAUCUCACUUCCCAUCGAAUAAUUCAUACAUGGGAGAAACCGUAUCAGUGCUUGGAAUGUGGAAAAUUUUUCACUACAAGCAGAUACUUCCGUCUACAUCAGAGGAUUCACAGUGGUGAAAAACCAUAUCAGUGCUUGGAAUGUGGGAAGUUCUUCACUACAAGCAGAUACUUCCAUCGACAUCGAAGUAUUCACAGCGGAGAGAAACCAUACCAGUGUGUGGAAUGUGGAAAGAGCUUUUCCAGGAAGGACAGUCUCACUUCUCAUCAAAGAAUUCAUACAGGGGAGAAGCCGUAUCAGUGCUUGGAAUGCACAAAGUGCUUUGCUGCAAGAAAAGAGUUAUGGCGACAUAGGAGAAUUCACACUGGGGAGAAACCAUUUCAGUGCCAAGAGUGCGGAAAGAGAUUCACCUUCAAGCAAACUCUCACUUCCCAUGAAAGAACUCACAGCGGGGGAAAUCCUGGAAUUAUAGAAUAGUAGCUUUAGGAGGAAUCUUGAGGGUCAUCUAGUCUGACCAAUGCAAUGCAUCUUCUUGAUGUUUAAUCAGAUUCUUCUUUCUUGUUAUGUUCUUGUGGGGUUACAUGGUUCUUCAUCUCCUUUUCAAUCACUGUGAGUUAGGUUAGGCUCCCCAAGGCUGUCCAGUGAGCUUCAUGGUCAAGUAGGGAUUUGAACCCACGUCUCCCAGGGUGUAGUCGAAUCCUGUAGGCCAGGGGUGGCCAACUUCCAAGAGACUGCAAUCUACUCACAGAUUAAAAAACUGGCAGUGAUCUACCCCCAUUUUUAGGGGUUCAGGUCAAAGCCCCAUUUUUAGGGGGUUUGGGAGGCAUAAGUUGGUUGGCUUUCGGGGGGGCACAACAUUUUUACAUUAUUUUGGGGUCAAAGAGAAACAGUAGCUCACCGAAGGAUGACAGCGGGGCAGGGCAAGGUAGCGAUCAACAACGAUCUACCAAAACCUUGCAAUCGACCUGUUGGACAUCCCUGCUCUAGGCAAUAUACUACACUGGCUCUCCCAUGAGGCUCUUAGAAAUUGUUUGUGCAUGUCUGGUGUUUGUAUUUAAAGCUGUAUACUCCUCUAGCAAAGUAAUUUAUGAAUGUAAAGAAACUGAAGGUACAUUUUUUCACCUUUGGUGGACGUGCCCAAAGAUUAAGGCUUUCUGGGAAAUGAUAUAUAAUGAAUUAAAAAAGGUAUUUAAGUAUACCUUCCGUAAGAAACCAGAGGCCUUUCUCCUGGGCAUAGUCGGCCAAAUGGUGUUAAAAAAGGAUAGAACUUUCUUUAUGUAUGCAACAACAGCAGCAAGAAUACUCAUCGCAAAGUAUUGGAAGACACAAGAACUUCCCACGCUGGAGGAAUGGCAAAUGAAACUUAUGGACUAUAUGGAACUGGUGGAAAUGACUGGUAGAAUCCGUGACCAGGGAGAAGAGUCGGUGGAGGAAGAUUGGAAGAAAUUCAAAGACUAUCUUCAGAAACAUUGCAAAAUUAAAGAAUGUUAGAGUGAUGUUGGACUGAAAAUAAGCGGUUUCCAGCUGUACAGGUUAAAGUUAAUGAUAGACUAAGAUUAAGAUUAGGAUUAAAGAUGUUUAAAGAAAUAGAAAUUUGACAAUUAAGAGGAAAAUUUUUAAUGUUAUAUUAUACUAAGAUUAAAGAUUAGGUUUAAAGAAGUUGUAGUUAUAUAUUAAAAUAUUAUAUUAAAGUUAAAUAUUUGGGUUUAAAAAGUUGAAAAGAAAUUGCUGGACAAACAAUUUGGAUUGGAAUACAAAAGAAGGAAGUAUGAGGAAGUCCAGAAAAUAAGUAAACUAAAAAAAACGGAAAUGGAAAAGAGAUAUUGUUUUUAAUUGUUAUGUUUUUUGUUUUUUAUUGAUGAAUUGUGGUUUUUUUGUGCGUUUUUGUUAUUAUUUUUUUGAGAUAUGUAUUGUGUAUGUUUUUCUUUUCUUUUUUUGUUGUUUAAAACUUUAAUAAAAAUUAUUUAUAUAAAAAAAAGCAAAGUAAUUUAUGUAAUAAUAGUAAAUCAACUAAUAUAUUAUAAUAGAUUUAAGGUAAUAUUAGCUGGGGGGAGGGGCUGUUGAUUGGCUGAGAGUUUGGAAGUGUGUUUAAGUAAGUACAACUUAACAGUCAGGCCUUUGGCCAAUUAAAUGUUAUCCUUUGAAGUCUCUUUGUGGGAGGAGAAUAUUGGUAUGUUUCAUUUUUGUUUUUAUUAUGUACCGUAUUUUUCGCUCCAUAAGGCGCACCUAGUUUUUAGAGGAGGAAAACACGAAAAAAAAUAUUUUGAAUCAAAUGUUGUACUAAACUAUUUAAAGUAGCAAAGCGGGCGGCUCCUGUCCGCUUUGCUGCUUUAAAGCGAGCCUCAGAGGAGGGAAGGAAGGGGAACCAUGGCUUAUCUAAGUCCAGUUAAUAAUGCUGAGCCUGACUUUAUAUGAAUCUCAAAGCCCUUGACAUAUAUACAUUAUAAUGACAAGCUGAGAUAGGCCUCCUGCAGAGGAGCAGGGGAGGGAGCCAUCAUAGCUCAAUGGGGAGAGCAUGGAGAAGAUCCCAAGUUCAGUCCUUGAAAGCUUCUCCGGGUAGGGCUGAGGGUGGGUCUCCUGAAACCCAGGUGAGCCUCUGCCCAUCAGUGAAGACAAAACUGAGCUCAGUGGGCUCAGGGGUCCUGAUGUGGUACUCUGUUCCUGUUUAAAUUAGCCUUUUCUUCAGAACCAUGAGGACUACAAUCUUAGUUUUUUUUUAAAAGGGAACAGCUGUAACCUCAGUGGCUUUGCAUGCAGAACACCACACGUUCAAUCCCCGGCUUCUCCAGGCCUGAAACUCUGGCAAACUUCUGCCAGUCAGUGUUGCCAUUACUAAGCUAGAUGGAGUAGUGGGUCUGACUCCUUAUAAGGCAGCUUCCUAGGUUCCCAUUUUUGCUUCAGAUCUGAGUGUGAGGCUUGCUGUCAUGUUUAGUGUGGCAAGGGUGGUUCUUUGCACAUCUGGAAGAUGACUGUGUCACCUCCCACCACCCUCUUGAAGGUGCUUUUACAGCUCAGGGAAAAGGGCAGGCAGCCACAGCAUCUGUAGACUGUAGCAUCCUGAAUUAAGGGAGGGAGGGAUUCCCCUUGCAGCCAAAGGAUUGUUGGAGGCCACCAUGAAAGAGCUGAUCUUCAGCUUGAAACCAGGACUUGCUCUUUCACUAUGCUGCUCCUCCAGCUGCCAAUGCCAUCCAUGUGUGUGCAUGUUUUCGUCUUUAAAUAAACAGCCCAUGCAAGUUUCCAGCUCUUAUGGCCAUCAAGAUUAGCCUGGCCGUCUCAGUGGAAAUCUGGGGAGGCUGAGGUGGACUUUCCAGUGGUCAAAGUGUGGUUGUGUCUUCCUGCCCAGCAUCUAUUUCCUGCCCUCUUCCCCCGCACCCUGCUUCGAAGUAAGCCACGGAGGAGGGAAGGAAGCGGAGCCAUGGAUCCUCUGCUCGCAACUGCAGCAGAUUCCCUCCGCUUUGAAGCAGGAAAGUGGGAGAGGAGCUUCAAAGGGAGCCCGGGAGGAGGGAAUCUGCUGCAGCCACUUCCCUCCUCCGUGGUUGCUUUGAAGCAGGAAAGUUGGAGAGGAGCCGCUUACACCUGCUUACACGCUUACGGGUGUAAGCAGCUCCCUUCCCAUUUUGCCAGAAAACAGGGAAUUGUGGUUACGUCCUCAACAGAAGCUGAGUACUGUGCAUUAGCAGAACUAUGUAACAAAAUGAAAUAUUAUGUACAGAUCCUCAAUGACUUAGGUGUGAAAUGUAAUUAUCCAGUACAAGUGGGGGAGGAUAAUUAAGCAGUAAUCUCAUUGGUGGGUUCUGAGCAGUUUAAAGGCAAAACAAAACAUAUUGAAAUUAAAUAUCAGAAUGUAAAAUAAAAUGUGAAAGAAAACCUGAUAAUGUUGAAGUAUUGUGCAAGUAAGCAAAACACUGCAGACAUUUUUUACAAAACCUGUCCGUUUGAAAAACAUGCAGAACUGGUCACAAUGCUGGGAAUUGUAUUACAUGAUAUGUGAAUAUGUUUGUAUAUGUUUCAUAAUCCUGUAUCUGUUUCUGUUCGAAUGAGAAGGGGUGUUAGGAAUACAUUCUUUAAAGAAACAGAUAAGGUUCCUUUAAGUUAAAAAAGCAUUACAGCAGUUUCUUCAAUGUGUGGGAGUGCCAGCUUAACUGGAGUCAGCUGGAGAUGCAGUUAAAAGGAGAAGCUGUGAGUUUGCAAUUUGAGGCAGGACUGUUUAUCAUAAGAUUAAAAGUAUACCAUGCCAAUGAAGGAGAAGAACUGUAAAUAGUUUUGUAAAUAGUAGCAACUAACAUGUUUGUAGUACCUGAAAAUGUUUGCAUAAAGUAAUUCUUCACUGUGCAUCCGAGUGUGUCUGCAGUUCUGUCGUCUGCCGCCAGGGAAACUCUGCUAGAGCUUUGGGAAGCAGUUAUAGUUGGUAACCUCUAAUACCCUGUUUGAUCAUAAUACACAUUUUGAAAUUCCAUACAUAAAUCUCUAUGUGAUGAAGCUCCCAGAUUUUGAUAGAGCUCAACAGCACACCUUCGGCCCCAGGGAUUCAAAUCCCCCCACAGCACACUUUGCAUGGAUGUUUGUAAAGGCUGUUUGCUAAACACAAUAAACCAAACGGACUCACUUUGCAUGGAGGGCCAUCUACUGAUUUGUUGUGAAUAUGCUUCCUCCAGUUAUGUCUUUUUAAACAAGGAUCAGGCUGGUCUGAACUGCCCAGUCCUUUUUAAAAUGUUGGCUUCAGAGUGGUUAGGGAAAUGGAAGUAGCUUCUGGCAGAUUUUUUUUAUUUUGGCUAUGUGUUUCUGGUUGACCCAAAAAGAUGGCUGACCUAAGAGGUGGAGCAGAUUUCAUAAUUGGGCCAAACAAAAUCCAUCCCAGAAAAUAGGCUUUUCAAAUCUAAGGUUGCCAUAAAGAUGUCCCUGAAUGCCUGUCAAUAAAGGCAAUGAACCCUGAAGUAACACCCUCUGAUCUAACUCCUCUCAGUUCUUCCUCUCACAAGCGUUAAUGAGCAUUUUUCAAUAAUUGGCGGCUUCAUAGCUUUCUGACGCUCUGAUUCAUGUCUCAUUUCAUUGCAGCUGGUGAUAAAUUGGAAAUUGAGAGCAAAGGAAACCAUGAAAAAAUCUACAUGGAGAAGCCAUAUGAAUAUUCAGAGAGUGGAGAGAACUUCACUCAGAGCUCCCAUUCUACUUCUGAUAAAAGAAAUCCCUUUGGGAUGAAACCAUUUAAGUGCUUGGAAUGUGGAAAGAGCUUCACCCACAAGAAAAGUCUCACUUCCCACCAAAUAAUUAAUAAAGGGCAGAAACUGUCCUUAAAAUGCACAAUGGGCUUUACUGCAAGAAAAGCACUUCUGUGACAUCAAAGACUUCACAAUGGGGAAAAACCAUUUCAAUGCCAAGAGUGCGGAAAGAGCUUCGCCUUGAAGCAAACACUCACUUCCCAUCAAAGAAUUCAUAUGACGGAGACACCCUAAUAGUGCUUGAAAUGUGGAAAAAACUUCACCUGGAAUGAAAGUUUCACUUCCCAUCAAAUAACUUGCAGCCAGGAAUGUAAUAGAGUUAUAAGAUUGUAGUGUUGGAAGGGACGCUGAGGAUCAUCUAGUCCAAUCCCUGGCAAUGUUGUGAUGUAGUGCCUGAUCCUCAAGGUUGCCCAGUGAUCUUCAUGGCUGAGAAGGGAUGCCAGAUUUAAAAUUAUAUUAUGAGGCAUCCUGUCUCUGCUGGCUAAAGGAAUGGAUAACAUUGAAAAGUACAGAUAUUUUAGACCUGGAAGGUCACGAUAAUAGAUUUGGAAUAGAUUUGGAUUGCUUGCAUAUUUAUGAUAUGAGAAGAC